CUCUCUUUCGUUUCUUUUUGAUGCUCCAGAGCAGUGAUUGGAUUUAUCUCAAGGAGAACAGCGUGUAACUCUCUUGAAGCCGCCCGGGUUGGGUGGAAAUGACAAGCGAGAGACCGCUGACAAUGCCGGGCUCGGUGUCGCUCUCGGACCGACAACCUCCUCCAGGUCACCGGCAGCACGCGGCUGCAGGCUCUGCUGCCGCCGGUGAGACAUUGAUGAUGUCCGGCUCAGGCUCAGUGCUGCUCCCGGCUGGGAUUAUCAAUCCAUCGGUGCCAAUCCGGAAUAUCAAGAUGAAAUUUGCUGUUGUCAUCGGACUGAUCCAGGUUGGAGAGGUUAACAACCGGGAUAUUGUAGAAACGGUGCUGAAUUUGUUGGUGGGCGGUGAGUUUGAUCUGGAGACAAACUUCAUUAUCCAGGAUGCAGAGAGCAUCGGCUGCAUGGUGGAGCUGCUGGGGCACUGUGAUGUCACCUGCCAGGCUGAAAUCUGGAGCAUGUUCACAGCCAUCCUUCGAAAAAGUGUUCGAAACCUGCAAACAAGCACUGAGGUCGGCCUCAUCCAGCAGGUGCUGCUCAAAAUGAGAUCGGUGGACGACAUGAUUGCAGACUUGCUCGUGGACAUGUUAGGAGUGCUGGCCAGCUACAGCAUCACAGUGAAGGAACUGAAAUUGCUCUUCAGCAUGCUACGAGGUGAAGGAGGCCUCUGGCCAAAGCACGCGGUCAAAAUGUUGUCGGUGCUGAAUCAGAUGCCCCAGAGACACGGUCCAGAUGCCUUCUUCAACUUCCCUGGUCGCAGUGCAGCAGCCAUUGCUUUACCUCCUAUUGCCAAGUGGCCUUAUCAGAAUGGGUUUACAUUCAACACCUGGUUCAGGAUGGAUCCCUUGAAUAACAUCAAUGUUGACAAAGACAAACCAUAUCUGUACUGCUUUCGGACCAGCAAGGGCAUCGGGUACUCUGCACAUUUUGUUGGGAACUGCUUGAUUGUGACAUCACUCAAGUCUAAAGGAAAAGGUUUCCAGCACUGUGUGAAGUAUGAUUUUCAGCCCAGGAAGUGGUACAUGAUCAGUAUAGUUCACAUCUACAGUCGCUGGAGGAACAGUGAAAUCAGAUGUUACGUUAACGGACAGCUCGUUUCUUAUGGAGACAUGGCGUGGCACGUCAACACAAAUGAUAGUUAUGAUAAGUGCUUCCUCGGGUCUUCUGAGACAGCAGACGCAAACAGAGUAUUCUGCGGGCAGCUGGGAGCCGUCUAUGUGUUUUGCGAAGCGCUCAAUCCCGCACAGAUAUUUGCAAUUCAUCAGCUGGGACCGGGCUAUAAGAGCACAUUUAAGUUCAAGUCUGAGAGUGAUAUCCACUUAGCGGAGCAUCACAAACAGGUGUUGUAUGAUGGAAAGUUGGCCAGCUCCAUCGCCUUCACCUAUAACGCCAAGGCCACUGACGCACAGCUCUGCCUGGAAUCCUCGCCGAAAGAAAAUGCCUCCAUCUUUGUGCACUCACCACACGCCCUUAUGCUACAGGAUGUAAAAGCCACAGUGACUCACUCCAUCCACAGUGCCAUCCAUUCCAUCGGUGGGAUCCAGGUGCUCUUCCCGAUCUUCGCUCAGCUGGACUACCAUCAGCUGAACGACAGCCAGGUGGAACCCACUGUAUGUGCCACUCUCCUGGCCUUUCUGGUUGAGCUGCUAAAGAGCUCAGUGGCCAUGCAGGAGCAGAUGCUGGGAGGAAAGGGCUUCCUGGUGAUUGGAUACCUGCUAGAGAAGUCAUCACGUGUGCACAUCACCAGGGCUGUAUUAGAGCAGUUCCUCUCCUUUGCAAAGUACCUGGAUGGUCUGACACAUGGGGCACCACUGCUGAAGCAGCUGUGUGACCACAUCCUUUUCAACGCUGCCAUCUGGAUCCACACCCCUGCCAAGGUACAGCUAUCUCUGUACACAUACCUUUCUGCGGAGUUCAUUGGCACGGCAACCAUCUACAACACGAUUCGUCGAGUGGGAACAGUGCUCCAGCUCAUGCAUACGCUAAAGUACUACCACUGGGCUGUCAACCCUGCAGACAGCAGCGGUAUCAUGCCAAAAGGUCUUGAUGGUCCGAGGCCGACCCAAAAAGAAGUCAUUUCUCUGCGGGCAUUCAUGCUUCUCUUCCUCAAGCAACUCAUCCUGAAGGACCGAGGUGUAAAGGAGGAUGAGCUGCAGAGCAUCCUGAACUAUUUGUUAACAAUGCAUGAGGAUGAGAAUCUGCAUGACGUUUUGCAGUUGGUGGUAGCCCUCAUGUCUGAGCAUCCAGCCUCUAUGAUCCCAGCUUUUGACCAGAGAAAUGGAAUACGGGUAAUCUACAAGCUCAUGGCCUCUAAGAGUGAAAGCAUUCGAGUACAAUCCCUCAAAGUCCUUGGGUACUUCCUCAAGCAUUUGGGCCACAAGAGGAAGGUAGAGAUCAUGCACACACACAGCCUCUUCACUCUCCUGGGAGAGAGGCUCAUGCUGCACGCCAACACUGUGACCGUGACGACCUACAACACUCUGUACGAGAUUCUGACAGAGCAGGUGUGCACACAGGUAGUUCACAAACCUCAUCCUGAGCCUGACUCCGCUGUCAAGAUUCAGAAUCCAAUGAUUCUCAAGGUGGUAGCCACCUUGUUGAAGAACUCUGCCCCCAGCACAGAGCUGAUGGAAGUUCGGCGUCUCUUCCUUUCAGACAUGAUCAAACUGUUCAGCAACAGCCGAGAGAACAGACGGUGUCUGCUUCAGUGCUCCGUGUGGCAGGACUGGAUGUUUUCUCUCGGGUACAUUAACCCUAAAAACUCUGAUGAGCAGAAGAUUACUGAGAUGGUGUACAACAUCUUUCGUAUUCUGCUUUACCAUGCCAUCAAGUACGAGUGGGGAGGAUGGCGCGUGUGGGUGGACACACUCUCUAUUGCCCACUCUAAGGUGACAUAUGAGGCUCAUAAAGAGUACUUGGCUAAGAUGUAUGAAGAGUACCAGCGGCAGGAGGAGGAGAAUAUUAAGAAAGGAAAGAAGGGUUUGGUCAGCACCAUCUCUGGUCUGUCUGCUCAGGCCGUCGGCAUCAAGGGAACAAUAGAGAUCAGAGAAAUGGAUGAUAACUCGCAGACGCCUGAGAGUGAGAAGGACUAUGAGAGCGCAGACUCGCACAACCUGCUGGCUGAAGGGAAGGGGCCUGAGGAGGGUCUCAGAGGAACAGAGUGUACGGUAGAUGGGGUCAGAGUCGAAGUGCAUGACCUGCUGGUGGACAUCAAGGCUGAAAAGGUGGAGGCUACAGAGGUGAAGCUGGAUGAUAUGGACUUGUCCUCUGAAACUCUGGGAGUGUCUGAGAAUGGAGCGCUGGUGGAAGUCGAUUCCCUGUUGGAUAAUGUUUAUUGUGCUGCAGUGGAAAAGCUCAACAGUAAUGUCAACAGUGUUUUGGUGCCAAAGGGCAGCAUGGACGACCAAAACACACCCCCUCUCAUUACUCUAGAUGAUGACAAGGACAGCAUCCCUAACAGCAACAACUUUCUUUUUGGCAAGGUGACAGGCAGCAUGGAAGACAAGCUUCUGCCUGAUCUCAGUACAGCUGAGCCUCUGGUGCUGCCCAGCCCGGAGCCUCCAGUCCACACCAGUGCCAGUGAUGAACUAGGCCUUCUUGCUCGCAUGACAGGCAGCUCUGAGCUUGGCUCCUUACCCAGUAUCCUGGAGAAGGAUGAGUUUGAACUGCAGGCAGCCCUGGAGGGCAUCAGCUCUGUUGCUGCUACUGAGGCCGAGUCCUCCUCCAAAAACCCAGAGGUCACUGGCGGCACAGCUGCAGCGGCAUGUGAAGGGGACCCUUCAGCUGUUGAGAACAGCAGUGCAGCAGAUGCAGCAAGCAACACUUCUGACACAGAGAGAUCAGAAGAUGGCAAAGACAAGGAGACGAAGAAGAUUCAGACAACAGCCACCACACAGAGUCUACAAGGCCGCCUAUCCACUCAGAUGGAGAGGGACAUUCGUGUGGACUUGGGCUUCAGGGGCACACCCAUGACAGAGGAACAGCGACGGCAGUUCAGCCCCGGCCCACGCACCACCAUGUUCCGCAUCCCAGAGUUCAAAUGGUCAGCCAUGCACCAGAGACUGCUCACUGACCUGCUGUUCGCGCUGGAGAGUGACGUCCAUGUCUGGAGGAGCCACUCCACCAAAUCUGUCAUGGACUUUGUUAAUAGUAAUGAAAACAUAAUUUUUGUCCACAACACCAUCCACCUCAUCUCACAAAUGGUGGACAACAUCAUUAUCGCCUGUGGAGGGAUUUUGCCUCUUCUCUCAGCGGCCACCUCUCCUACUACGGAGUUGGAGAACAUUGAGGCAACACAGGGCAUGUCCUCAGAGACAGCCAUCACUUUCCUGUCCCGUCUCAUGGUCAUGGUCGACGUGUUAGUGUUCUCAAGCUCCCUCAACUUCAGCGAGAUCGAGGCUGAGAAGAACAUGUCCUCUGGUGGCCUGAUGCGUCAGUGCCUCAGACUGGUGUGCUGUGUGGCAGUCAGGAACUGUUUGGAGUGCAGGCAGAGACACAGAGACAGGGGAAAUAAGUCUUCAAUACCCAACAACAAGACUCAGGAAAUCCUGCCAAAUGUUUUGACCUCUAACAAGACAGCCAUAGAGACUGUCCCUAGUAACCUGUCUCCCAUCAAGGAUCCUGAUCGCCUUUUGCAGGAUGUGGACAUUAAUCGACUGCGCGCUGUGGUGUUUCGUGAUGUGGAUGACAGUAAGCAAGCCCAGUUCCUGGCUUUAGCUGUGGUGUACUUCAUCUCUGUCCUCAUGGUCUCCAAGUACCGCGACAUCCUGGAGCCCCAACGUGAGACUGCCAGGAUAAGCCACUCAGGACGUAGCAUGCGUCAGGAGAUCAACUCACCAACCAGCACAGAAACACCCCUAGCAUUUGACAGCAGUAAGGACCAUCCUGUGCCAUCAGACCUCCACAUGGAGACCUCCCUCCCCCACACAGACUCUGGUAUUGGAGAGGAGCAGGUAGCCAGCGUGCUAAACGGGUCUGAUCUGGACCACAGCGCAGGGCUGCUCAUAUCUACACUGUCCUCAGAGGUGAAGAAGUCGCAGGAGAGUCUAGCUGAAUCACCGAGCGUGGAGGUGCUGAAACUGUCCUCCUCCAUCAUCAGCAUUAGCCAGCCCAACAAGGGCAUCAAUGUCAAGGAGAUUCUGAAGAGUCUGGUAGCAGCUCCAGUGGAGGGCAUGGAGGCCGGGCUGGAGCCCAUGUCCCACCCAGACCCUGCUGCCAGCGCCCAGGCCCAGGCCAUGCUGCCCAUGCAGUUUCACUCCUUCGACAGGAGUGUGGUGGUGCCUGUGAAGAAAACCUCCCCUGGCAGCCUCGCAGUGAACACGAUGGGAAGCAGCAGCAGCACCUCUGCAGGGCUGACAGCUGGCAGCACCCCUAACAUCUUUGCUGCUGCCUCUGCGACCCCCAAAAGCAUGAUCAACACUACGGGAGCAACUGAUGCAGCCCCCUCUACCUCAUCCUCCUCCAGUUUUGUCAAUGGAGCCACCAGUAAGAAUCUGCCGGCCGUGCAGACGGUGGCCCCCAUGCCUGAAGACACAGAAGAAAACAUGAGUGCCUUUUGUGACGUGGACCAGGAGGGUCUGACACCUCCUGAGCUCAAACCCUUUAGCUCCCUGACAGGAUUCCAAGCAUCCUCCAGAGAUGCAGGACAGUGUCUUAGCAUUACUACGAAGCUGGAGAGGGCGUUAGAGAAGGUGGCACCCCUGCUGAGAGAGAUAUUUGUGGACUUUGCACCCUUCCUGUCACGCACCCUGCUGGGCAGCCAUGGGCAGGAGCUGCUCAUAGAAGGUCUAGUUUGUAUGAAGUCAAGCACCUCAGUGGUGGAGCUCGUCAUCGUCAUGCUGCUUUGUUCUCAGGAAUGGCAGAACUCCAUCCAGAAGAACGCUGGUCUGGCCUUCAUCGAGCUAAUCAACGAAGGAAGGUUACUCUGCCAUGCCAUGAAGGACCACAUAGUUCGGGUUGCCAACGAAGCUGAGUUCAUCCUGAAUAGACAGCGUGCAGAGGACGUCCACAAACAUGCAGAGUUUGAGUCCAACUGUGCCCAAUAUGCUGCUGAAAGAAAAGAAGAAGAGAAGAUGUGUGACCACCUGAUAAGCGCUGCUAAACACAGAGACCAUGUGACAGCCAACCAGUUAAAGCAGAAAAUUGUCAACAUCCUCACCAACAAGCACGGCGCCUGGGGGACACUGGCCCAGAGUCAACUGCACGACUUCUGGCGUCUGGAUUACUGGGAAGAUGACCUGCGGCGAAGGCGGAGAUUUGUCAGAAACCCAUUUGGCUCCACCCACCUAGAUGUCACAUGCAAGUCACUGCAGGAAUAUGGCACAGAGGAGGAUCAGGUGGUCAAGUCCAAGAAAGUCUUCCGCAGCCAAACUGUGGCCAGCCAAAACCCUGAGACAGAGCUGAUGCUGGAGGGAGACGAAGAUGCCGUCAGCCUGCUGCAGGAGAAGGAGAUGGACAACCUGGGUGGCCCAGUGGUCCUGAGCAGCCCGGCUCAGCUUGUUGCCCCCGUCCUGGUGGCCCGGGGGACUCUGUCCAUCACCACCACCGAAAUCUACUUCGAGGUGGACGAGGAUGACCCUGCCUUCAAAAGGGUCAACUCAAAGGUCUUAGCAUACACUGAGGGUUUACAUGGGAAGUGGAUGUUUAGUGAGAUCCGGGCAGUAUUCUCCAGACGCUACCUCCUGCAGAACACAGCGAUGGAGGUCUUUAUGGCCAACAGAACAUCAGUCAUGUUCAACUUUCCUGACCAGGCCACGGUAAAGAAAGUGGUCUACAGUCUUCCUCGAGUGGGAGUAGGCACCAGCUAUGGACUUCCACAAGCUAGGCGCAUCUCCCUGGCUACCCCUCGGCAGCUUUUCAAAUCUUCCAACAUGACCCAGCGCUGGCAGAGAAGAGAAAUCUCCAACUUUGAGUACCUCAUGUUUCUCAACACUAUUGCAGGGAGGACAUACAAUGACCUGAACCAGUACCCGGUCUUUCCCUGGGUCCUCACCAACUACGACUCAGAGGAGCUGGACCUGACCUUGCCAGGGAACUUCAGAGAUCUCUCAAAGCCUGUUGGUGCUCUGAAUCCGAAGCGUGCAGCAUUCUACGCUGAACGCUAUGAGACUUGGGAAGACGACCAGACGCCUCCUUGUCAUUACAACUCCCACUACUCCACAGCUGCCUCCACCCUGCACUGGCUUGUCAGAAUAGAGCCCUUCACCACAUUCCUGCUAUGUGCCAAUAACAACAAAUUCGACCACCCUGACCGCACCUUUUCAGCCAUUGUCCGCUCUUGGAGAAACUGUCAGAGGGACACCUCUGAUGUAAAGGAACUGAUUCCCGAGUUCUACUACCUCCCAGAGAUGUUUGUCAACAGCAAUGAUUACCAUCUGGGAAUGAGGGAGGACAGGACCAUGGUUUGUGACGUGGACUUGCCAGCCUGGGCCAAGAAGCCCGAAGACCUUGUUAGGAUCAACAGGAUGGCCCUGGAAAGCGAGUUUGUGUCAUGUCAGCUGCAUCAGUGGAUUGACCUUAUUUUCGGCUACAAGCAGCGAGGCCCCGAAGCGGUGCGCGCCCUCAACGUCUUUCACUACCUGACUUACGAGGGCUCCGUCAAGCUGGACAGUAUCACUGACCCUUCGCUGAGAGAGGCCACAGAGGCACAGAUCCAGAGCUUUGGACAGACGCCAUCUCAGUUGCUUAUCGAGCCACAUCCUCCACGCAGCUCCGCCAUGCACCUGUGUUUCCUUCCACAGAGUCCGCUCAUGUUCAAGGACCAGAUGCAGCAGGAUGUCAUCAUGGUUUUGAAGUUUCCAUCCAAUUCGCCGGUGACGCACGUGGCCGCCAACACCCUGCCCCAUCUUACCGUACCUGCUGUGGUCACUGUCACCUGCAGCCGCGUAUUUGCCGUCAACCGAUGGCACAACACCGUCGGUCUCCGAGGAGCACCUGGCUACUCUCUGGAGCAGGCCCAUCACCUGCCUAUAGAGAUGGAUUCUCUGGUUGCCAACAAUACUGGAAGCAACAAGCGUCAGAUCACAGACCUAGUGGACCAGAGCAUCCAAAUCACCUCACACUGUUUCGUGGUGACAGCUGACAACCGCUACAUACUGGUGUGUGGCUUCUGGGACAAGAGCUUUCGUGUGUACUCCUCCGAGACAGGAAAGCUGACCCAGAUAGUUUUUGGCCACUGGGACGUGGUGACAUGUCUGGCCAGAUCAGAGUCUUACAUUGGAGGGGACUGCUACAUUGUUUCUGGGUCCAGGGAUGCAACACUUCUGCUGUGGUAUUGGAGUGGACGGCACCAUAUUAUCGGCGAUAACCCCAAUAACAGUGACUACCCAGCACCACGAGCCGUUUUGACUGGUCAUGACCAGGAAGUUGUGUGUGUGUCAGUGUGCGCUGAGCUGGGCCUGGUCAUCAGCGGAGCCAAAGAGGGUCCAUGUCUUGUCCACACCAUCACAGGGGACCUGCUGCGGGCUCUGGAGGGGCCAGAUCACUAUCAGUGCCCACGGCUCAUCUCAGUGUCCAGUGAGGGCCACUGCAUCAUCUACUACGAGAGAGGCCGCUUCUGCAACUUCAGCAUUAAUGGAAAAUUGCUGGCACAGAUGGAGGUCAAUGAUUCCACCAGGGCUAUUCUCCUGAGCAGUGAUGGCCACAACCUGGUCACAGGUGGGGAUAAUGGUGUGGUGGAGGUUUGGCAGGCCUGCGACUUCAAAAAGCUCUACGUCUACCCUGGCUGUGAUGCUGGCAUCCGAGCCAUGGAUCUAUCACAUGAUCAAAGGACUUUGAUAACAGGCAUGGCCUCUGGCAGUAUUGUGGCAUUUAACAUAGAUUUUAACCGGUGGCACUACGAGCAUCAAAACAGGUACUGAGGAGAGACACACCCAUGCAGCAGGAUGCAAGUGAGAAGGGUUAAGAGAAACACCAAAUUACCAGUGACCAGGCUGUGCUGCAGAAGAUCCACAGUGGGCAGGAGAACACUGUAGUGACACUAAUAAAGAACAAGGUUUGCUUACAUGUCCAUCUGACCUCUAAGGCGAACUUGUUGCUGUGUGUCCGUUGCUGAACAAUGGAUGCAUUUUCUGUUGGUUUUCAUGUCUUACCCGACCUGCAGCUGAUGCAUUUCCCCAACU